AUGACUCGAGAUGUUAUCAUUGUGGGCGCUGGCCCAACUGGUCUGUGGCUGGCCUUUGAGCUUCGUUCGGCUGGGCUAGAUGUUACAGUCAUAGAACGAAACGUCCAGCGAGAUAUCCGCUCCCGAGCAGCGGCCAUGGCGGCUGGCAGUGUCGAGACGUUUGCGACGCGCGGAAUAGCCCAGUUGUUCAUCGACGCUGGAAAGCCGAUCCAUUCUGUUCACUACGGGUCUUCAGCUACAAGGCUCCAGUUCUCAAAAGAUGUCCUGGGUACGAAAUAUCCUCACUCGCUCAUGAUACCUCAGAAGAAAACGGAAGAGCUCUUGAUCGAAGCCUGCAAAGAGAAGGGCGUACAUUUCUUACUCGGAUACAAUGUUGUGGAUCUCACCCAGGAUCAGUCCGGUGUCACUGUUACUUGCCAGUCUGAAGGGUUGGCGCCGGUGAUUUAUGCAGCAUCUUGGCUUCUAGGUUGUGACGGAACCAAGAGCAUUGUUCGCGAAAAGGCCGGGUUUGACUUUCCCGGUUCUGAUCGGGAUCUCAGCGGUUGGUUGGGCGAUGUGCUCGCUACUGAUCCUCCUGAGGAACCCUUAUCUGUGAACAAUGAAUCUGGAUGUUUCUUAAUGCAACCUCUUGGCUACGAGAACUACUACCGCGUCACGGGCGUCAGGCUUGAUCGUAUGAAGUCAGCGCAUGAGAGCGCUCCGACCUUGGAUGAAGUGAAAGCCCAUGCCGUCUCAGCAACUGGAAAGGACUUUGGGAUGCACUCUCCUCUCUGGUUCUCGCGAUACGGGAACGCGACUCGGCUGGUUAGCAACUACCGCAUCGGCCGAGUGUUUGUCGCAGGAGACGCGGCCCAUCAAUUCUUCCCCGCGGGAGGUCAAGGCAUUACUACCGGCUUAGCUGACGCUGCGAACUUGGCGUGGAAGCUCGCCGCUGUCAUUAAUGGGCGAGUCAAGCCAGAGAAGGCCGAUUCCUUGUUGGACAGUUACAACACAGAGAGAAGCCUUGCGCUCCGCGCUAUCAUCAAUGGCACCCUGGCGCAAACUGGGUUGUACGCGCCUGAAAAUGUGCGUCAGCGUGCCCUCGCCGAUGUGGUGUACGAAAUUAUUGCUUUCCCCAAUGUCAAUAGGUUGUUGGCUCAGAGGUUGACUGGAUUUGGAGAUCCUUUUCCCGGAAGAGAAGAGACGGGGGAGCCUUUGCUGGGCCGUAGAGUAACACAUCUCGAGAUUGGGGGUGGGUUUGAUAAGCUUCUUGGGGCUAUGGAUGUGAGCUCUUUUAUUCUUAUUAAUAGAAGCGCGGCCAUUGAAGAAAGGCUGGAGAAGGCGACUAGUCCUUGGAGUCACUGGAUCAAGCGAUUCGGAGUGGCAGAUGGCAUCGCUACUUUUGAUGAGCAGUGGAAUGGGGUGGAUGCUGUGCUUCUUCGGCCAGAUGGCAGGAUCAUAUGGGCGUCGAUGAGAGUUGUCGAGGAGUACAUCGCUGGCGUCAUUUGUUGGAGCUACGGUUGGAUUCGCCAUUUGAUAUAUGCGCUCAGUGAUUGGCUACAAGUCUCCAAGAAGUGGCUUUAG